UAAUUGUAAUACGUGUGAAACAUUUUAAUAUGCAUAUGAUAUUUCUUCUAAGAGUUACUGACAACGGCCUUAACAGGUAACAAAACAAAUAUCAUAUGUGUAAAGAUAAUAUGGCUCCAAAGAAACUCGACUCCACUAAUGAGAAACAGCUGAGAGGGAUCUGUAACAAUUGGAUCGUUUGACCUGUUUUUAUUGGCAGCUUGCGCAAGCGAGGAGCUCGAACGCUAUCGUGUUUUACAGUUCGACCGCACGACUAGAAUCAUUUCGCGACACUGCUGGUGGCACUGAUAAAAAAAAUGCAUAUCUGAUCGCGCUCUCGCGAAGUAUAUCCGCUUUUCUGUCUAAAGCAAAUAACGUACGGGAGGCACGGCGCAGAUGAUUUCGUUCCGAGACAUAUACCUGGCAAGGAAAGAGAUAGCUGCCUAAAUCGGCUGACUUGGGCUUCUAUUUUCGUCUUAAGAAGUGGGACUGACUCCACCACGUCGAGCACAGUCGCCUCUUCAUCUUCGUCGCGUCGGAUAUGCUCGCGAGUGACCGUGAAAAUAACAAGAUCGCCACGAUAACCGACAACGUUAACGAAUCGGCUGACUUCAAUAAAGCCAUCUCGACAACAGGCUAUGGAGUAUUUAAUGUGUUACUGCUACUGGCAACAUUGCCAAUCGCAUGGACCGCCAUUUUCGAUACUACUUCCGGCGCUUUUAUCUUGGCAUCAGCAGAAUGCGACUUGGAACUCACAUUCUUUCGCAAAGGCGUACUCGUGGCAUUUCCUUACAUAGGUAUGACAACGACUGCUUUCAUAUGGGACUACAUAACGCCCUAUGUAAGCAUGAAAAUAUUGUUCGUGCUUGCAUUAUUAACUGAUUCUAUUCUGAACAUCGUGAGCAGUGGCGUACAAUCUUAUUAUAUAUUUAUACUAGUCAAGUUUCUCAGUGGGAUCCUUGCAGGCGGCCCGUUAGCGAUGGUGAUGACGUACCUGACGGAAUUCCAUUCGGCGAGGUACAAGCCGCGUUUCACCACAUGGGUGGGAUUUCUCUUUGCCAUAGGAAACAUCGUGCCAGCAGCUCUAGGCUUCACGAUAUUGCCAUUGAAUUGGCACAUCGAUAUCUUCGGUCAAGACUACAAUUCCUGGCGUAUAUACCUGUUAAUCUGCUCAAUACCACCCGUCGUCGGCUUCGUGACAGCGACCAUGUUACCGGAAAGCCCUAAAUAUCUCAUGGCAAUUGGCAGGUCCGAUGCUGCUUUGAAAUUAUUUAGGAGAAUGUAUUGUAUGAACACCAGACAACCUUCGGAAACGUUCCCGAUAAAAGCGUUGCUCGUUCGGCAAAAGACGCAAUUGACGCGUCCCGUGCUCGAGGCGAGUCUCGAGAGGAUGCGCGUUUCGUUGUACAACACGAAGCUACUACUCACGACGACGGCUUACCUGCCCGCCUUCUGCUUCGUAAGUUUCCUCCAAUUUGGAAGUAUGCUCGGAUUUAAUACGAUGAGACUAUGGGUGCCGCAUCUCUUCAUCAUCCUCAACAACUUCGACGCGGCGAAUUGGACACCGAAGGACAGGCAACCGACCAUAUGCGAAAUGUUGGACCGGCACGCGGCUCUACCCGGCAGACGGUACUUGAACUGCACGAACUUUGACGAUGCGUGCUUCAAGUGGACUAUUAAUUCCGUGAUUUAUCAAAAUUCCACCGUUAUCGCGUCAUCGGCUGUGAUAUUCUCAUUUCUCGCUGGAUUCAUAACAAUCACCAAGCUUCGAAAACAGAUUAUAAUGCUCACGGCCUUCCUGAUAUCGGUGGCAAGCAGUUUCGGAAUAAAUUGGGCGCAGUCUCCGCCGUACAUGCUGACGCUGGCGGCGGCGGUUAUCGUGACGACAAGAAUAGCGGGUAAUAUCGUUACCGCGGUGAAUGUCGACGUUAUUCCCGUCCCAUUAAGAGCCACAAGCACCAGCAUCCUCACCAUCAUUGGAAAUAUCGCAGCCGCUGUGGGAAAUUUGAUUUUCUCCGCGCUUCUGGGCACCAAGUGCAUCGUCGCUUUCAUGGGAUUGGGCUGCCUCUUCUCUGUCUGUUUCUGCGUAUCCUUAUUCUUUCCGCAACCCGUGAGAGAAUCGUCGAAGAAACUUGCUGAAGCUAGCACGUCGAAAAUAUGAAGAAGAUAAUAGAGAAACUUUGAAAUCAUUCAUGUACCACCCAUUUAGGAUUAUAAAAUUUAGAUUAAAUGUAUAGCUGCUUUAAAAAGCUCUAAAUUGAGCUGUGAUAUUUUUCUAAAACAAUUUACCGAAAAGAAAAUUUUGGAAAAUGUAACAAGAAAUUUAAUAUUAAAUAAAUAUGCCUUCUAUUCUCUCUUUCUUAGGAGAAAUGGA